AGCUGCACUGAGUAUAAAAUGAAACAAAAUUUGCAUAGCUCUCUUUUUCACGAAAAACCAGUAGCAGGGAGGGGGCACUGAUCUUAGUAACCAUUCACCUUCUGACAUCAGAAACCUCCGAUGCAACACACAAGACUGCUGUCGCGAAAUCCCUGAUCACGAACAUGAAGCUGCUUCCCCUUCUCACAGCUGCGACCUGCUUCACGCCCCCAGCUCCCUCAUUCUUCGUACCACAAGUGAUGAAGUUUUUUUUCCAGAUCACAUGAGCCAGGAUGAAGGGGAAAAUCCUGCCAGGAACAGAGAUGGGCUGCGACCUGAACCUGAUCAAGGGGAGAUACAGACCAGUACCCUGAGAGCUAUAUAAGAAGGUGCUUGGCACAAGAGCAAACACUUUUUCAGAUGAAAGACUCCUAUGAAUCAGCCAUGCAUGUGAAUGAAGGCACCGUUUCAAGGAGGCUUGGAGCCACUAACAAAACGUUUUUGUAUUUCAUCAUCGCUACCCUUGUUGCAUUGCUCGUCUUUGCGUUAGCCACCGUCAUGGUCUUAGUUAUCCGGAGGACGGCAGCUGAUCCUGCCACAGAGGGCAGCACAGAACGGAUCCGCAAAGGGAACACCUCUGAAGACUAUUUAAGAAUCCUGCAGAAUGUCCCAGCCAAGGGAGCUGCUGCGUACAUGAGAGUGUCAAAUUCAGUAAACAGCUCGAAGCUGAGCUUGGCUGGGAAGGGUAUAUGUGACAACAUCCAGUGCAAGAGCGAGGAGCUGGUGAUCCGUGCAGAGGGCCUCUACCUGAUCUACUGCCACCUCAACCUCCGCUUUGCCAACUGUUCCCACAGCCCCACAGACCUCAAGAUAGAGCUCCUCGUCAACGACGAAGUCAACAGGCAGACGUUAUCCACGUGGUGUGCAUCAGACUCGUGCCAAGAAAAGAAUUUUAAGACCUUGUUCCAGCUCCAUUUGACGUACUUGAACGUGGAGGACCGGAUAUCAGUAACACUCAGCCAUCCUAAAUUCCUGAAUGAAAUUCACCUUCCCAACGAUAAUGUGCUCGGGGUCUUGAGGUACAGCGAUGAGAUGUGAGGAGCUCUCUGACUCCCCACUGCUGCACAGACUUUCUCUGUCUUCCUCUGAUGAUGGCAGCCUGCUUUUACUAGGCUACACCUUGUUUUACAUUUCCUAUCUUACCUCAUCGCUAGGGUAAAUGAGGAACUUUGUGUCCCAGAACAAAAUCUUAAAACACUGCAAUACACACCUGGCAGACGUCAGGUUGCUCUGGUUUGGUGGUGGUAGGGUUGCUGUUGGACAGCAGAUCCAGCAGCACAGAUGUGGCAGCGGGUCCUCCAAGCAGUGCAGUGCAAACACAGCCCGAAAUGCAACCAGAUUAUGGGAAGAGCACACAUUACAAAACUUCUUGACUAAAGCACUGCUGGCAGAUUGCCUGUGCUCAGGAGAUGGGGAAAUCCUUUUGAUCUGAAUUUUAUGGAAUGGUAUUUUGACACAGUCGUUCCAAAAAACCUAACAACCAACGCUUGUAAUUAAGGCUUUCCUUUCAACUGGAGCAUGCAACCACAACUCUGGAGUGAGUUUAUGGGUAGAUCAUACUAAGGACAGAGGAAAUUGCUCACUCCCAGGCUGGUAGCUAAAACUCUGGGACAGAGUGUAGGAGACUGGGGACUCACCAAACAUUUCUGUGCUGCAUUCUGCUACAAACUUUAUGCAGUUUAGUUCCAAGUGUUUUCCUUUCCACUAUUUAUCCAUCUUCUCUAUUUAAAAUUAAGCUCUUCGGGGCAUGAGCCUUUGUAUAUGCACCAUGUUCAGCCUCUGUUCUCACCUGGAACUUCUAGGCGUUUCCAUAAUUAAUAUUAAAAAAAUGAUCUUCUUGUGCCACGUGACAAA